AUGUCCCUCAACUCCUUGAUCGAAUCCCGCGAGGAUGGCACGCCAAGCCCAUACCCGCUCGACAACGACAGCUGGCACACCUUGAGCAUUUUCGUUUCCUUCUUGGACUGGCAGGAGAUGGUUGAAGAGAGCCAGGCGAUGAUCGACCGCUGGAAGGCGCGGAUCGACGAGCUUCGCAGCGAGGGCGAGCUGGACCGGGCCGUGUUGCACAAGUUCCGCUUGGAGAGGUGGUUGCGCAUAGAUGCUAUGCUCUGGGGCAUCAUGGAGGCGUACGAAAACGCAUAUUUCCGCGCUUCUUACAGCGACUGUAAGAGCACGACCACCGUUGUAUCCGAGAGUGAAUCACUAAUAGUCCGAAUAGUCCCUUGCGAGCUGAACACCCGCGAAGAGAAUCCGUCGGGUUGA